GCGUGGAAUGUUGCUACGGAGAUAACUGGGGCCAUGGCGGCCGAUUUCAAUGAAGAAGAAAUUCCGGAAUGCGGCGCCGUCUUCACGUUCGGCCGAACUCGUUUCGCAGAGAACAUGAACAGCAAGUUUUGGAUAAAAAACGACGCAAUAAUAGCCAUCGCUUGCGGAGACGAACACAGCGCCGUUGUAUCGUCGUCUGGCCGCCUGUACACGUUUGGGUCGAAUGAUUGGGGACAGUUGGGUCAUGGACACAGCAAAGUGUGCAGCAAACCGACGUUUGUGAAAGCUCUGAAGCAGGAGAAAGUCAUGUUGGUGGCAUGUGGUCGCUCGCACACCCUAGUUGCUACAGAGUCUGGCUGUCUCUAUUCUUUUGGUGCCGGAAGUGAAGGGCAAUUGGGUCUUGAUUUAAUACAAAAUGUCAACGCACCGCAUCGCAUUGACACAGUAGGAAAACAGCAAUACAAAAUGCUUUCCUGCGGAACCGAACACUCAGCCGCUCUAACAACCAACGGUUGUCUGUAUGUUUGGGGAUCGGAUUCGGAAGGUCAACUGGGACUGGAGUGUGAUGAGUGUAGGACACCAGCUGUACUGGAUAUUGGUUGUAAAGUAAAGUACGUGGCAUGUGGAUAUUACCACACAGCUAUCGUUUCUGAGGAUGGUAAGUUGUAUACGUGUGGCGAAGCUGAUGGCGGGAAGCUUGGUCUGCCUGAUCAGCUUGACUCUUGUGUUCGACCUCGACGUGUAGCAGCAAUGAAAGAAAAAGUUUGUGCAGUGGCGUGCGGAAACAGUCACACAGCAGUGUCUACAGAGUCUGGAAAGGUGUACAUGAUUGGCAGCGGUGACUGUGGACAGCUGGGAUUGGGGACGAGUAUACUGAACUGCGACAUGCUACAGCUGGUAAAUAUAAUGAAGCAAAUCACUACAAUUUCGUGCGGAGAAAACCACACAGCUUGCAUCACAGACACUGGACAUUUAUUAACUUGUGGCAAUGGCAAACACGGUAAACUUGGACACGGAGACAACAACUUUCACAACACAUUCACUCUCACGAGAGUCAAACGAUUUGUCAAGUUCACAGUCAAACAAGUUGCAUGUGGUGGCUGUCAUAUGCUUGUCAUUGCCGUUCCUAAUAGGCAAGAUGAGUCGGACAGUGAAGAAUCGGUGGCGAUGAGUUCAGGUAGAUGGCAGGAUGCCAGUGAAUUGAUGGGGUCUAAGUCUGUGUCACCUCGUCAGUCGUUAUCAGCAAGGGAUAGAAGGAGAUCUCAAAAUGCUGCUCAAGGUCCUCUAUUUUCCCUCCAACCCAUCGGUCGUGCAUCUCUCCAGCCACUCGAUAGUCUGAACGGCUUAAUUGAUUCCUCAAAUUCAAGAUCGGUUGAUAGACACACAGUCGCCAAGUUUGAAAAACCAAAACUACCCGAUAUUUCUGUUCCCUCCCAUUUUCCUCACCAAGUCGGCAUCGCUUCAGUUAAACCAAAUGCAGACGAAGACGUCCCGGAAGUGAGUGAAGAGAGUGGACUGUCGGAGAGUGAAAACGAGGAAGAAACAGAGAGACACGAUAGUAACAGAACAAGUAGAAAUGAGACUGAACAAACGAUAGUUCAAAGACUUGAUGUGGAUGAUGAAGACGAGGGCGAAACAGAAGAUGAAGACGAGGAAGAAGAGGAAGAUGAAGAUGAUGAAGAUGAAGAUGAAGAGGAUGAUGAUGACGAAGAUGAUGAUGAUGAGGGAAAUGAGGAUGUAAAGCAAACGGAGAGUCCAUCAGCUCAAGGAUUGUCUACAACUAGUGAUGAUCAUGAUGGUGGUGGAGUAGAGAGUGGAAAGGAUGAUGAAGAGGAGACGAGCAGACAGAAUAGACGUGACGACGAUGACGACAAAGGUAAACGAAACGAAACCAAGAAUAAAUCAGAGACAACACCGUCCCAGUCUCGCUUCUCAAAGCUUAAGUUUUGGAAGAGAAAGAGAAAGGACGUGCAAGUACAAGACGACGGACAGUCAUCUCAACAGUCACAAACCUCCUCAAACGUCUGCAACAUCCUUUGAAAUUUGCUCAUGAGUAGGAAGGGUCACACGGUGAACGGUAAACACAUGUGUACAUACUACACACUGUAUAUGGAUAUAGUACAGUAUAUGUAUGUAGUAGGAUCAUAGCUGUAUAAUAGUAGCAGAAACAGAUGGAUGGAUGACACAUACAGUAGGCAGUCACACCAUCAUGGAGUCUAUGUUUGUCAAUGA